AUGGUCCCAGCUUCUUUCAAGGGCAAAUAUGUGAUCCGUUUCACGGUCACCUCGCAAUACACAACUGAUGACGACAUCCGGGGAGAUUUUCAGGUCAUCCAGGAGACGGCUACCGAAGUUCUGCAAAAUUUUGUCCUGAUUGACGACAAGGAGAAACAAGACGAGGAAAUCCAGGAAAUUCAAGAAAUGCCGGCCGAAAAGAGCGUCUCGAAGCCGACCCGAACCCUGUCCAUGAAGAGGCGCGAUUUUGGCAUGAGCCUCAUUCUGAGUCACGUGCCCUGCUCCCCGAAAUUCAUUAACGGCAGUUUCGCGGCCAUCUUCGAUAACAACGAGACGAUCGUCGAGUUCGCACGCCACCUAGCGAGCAGCGAUAUCGAUGGGCGUCCCAUUCGGCUAUCACCGCGACGGGGUAUCAAACUAAAAGACCAGGCGAAGCAGCACAGCCUGGACUUCACCUCCAUUCUGCCCGGUCGGCGAAUGUCGACCGGCACGGCGAGGUUCAAGCAAGGCUCGCUCGACACAAAGGUCGAGGAUAUCCUCGAUUCCACACCGGAACAUCUGGGAACCAAUGGCAUCAUCGAGCAACGAUCCCAGGAACAACUCGAAGAAGAAGAAGAUCGUCAGAGGCAGCAGCAGCAGCAGCAGCAACAGCAGCAGCAGCAGAAGCAAAACGCCUCGCUUCAACUAAUUUAG